AGGAAAUUCCACCUGAACAUCUUCCGUUACUGCCUCUUAACCCCGCGCCAUGGCAGACCCUCGCGUCAGACAGAUCAAAAUCAAAACGGGCGUAGUGAAACGUUUGGCAAAGGAAAGGGUUAUGUAUGAAAAAGAAGCAAAACAGCAGGAAGAAAAGAUUGAAAAAAUGAAAACUGAAGAUCCUGAUGACUAUUCAAUAAAAAAGCAGAUUGAAGUCUUGCAGGUAUCUCGAAUGAUGAUUCCAGAUUGCCAAUGCAGAUUAGAAGCUGCACGGGCCGAUCUUGCUCAACUAUUAGAAAAUGAAAAGGAAUUGGAAGAAACUGACGAAUAUAAAGAUGCAUUCUCAGUACUGGAGUCAAUAAAGUUAGAUGCCUAGAUUGUGUUUACACUACUUUAUGUUUGCCUUUGGUAUUGGGUCCAUUUGCCACUCUUUACUAAUAUUUGGCCAUUGCUGUAUUUGUGUAGUAUUUACGUAUGAUGAUGUGCUAAAACUAUUUUUUAUUCAAUUUAAACUAAUUUAGCCUAAUCUUUCUUUGAAAUUUUUCGAAACACCUGAACAU